GCAGGUGCGCGGAGAGAGUGGGGUCCUGCACCCCUCAGAGCUUCCUGGGCUCGCGGCUCUCGGCUCCCGGCCCCCGCCCGAACCUGCGGCCGAGCCCGGACGCCGGCGCGGUGUAGAAAUCACAAAUGUCUUCAAAGGAUGGGAGAUCCAGGAAUCGAGACAGGCACGACAGUGAGGUCCCGAGGGACUUGGCCCAUGAAGAUGGCACCAUCAGAACCCUCCAGACUCUUCGUGACAGUGAGCUGGCUGUGAGCGCUGAUCCUUUGCCUCCACCCCCUCUCCCAUUACAGCCACCGUUUGGCCCUGACUUCUACUCAAGUGACACAGAGGAACCGGCCGUAGCACCAGACCUCAAACCCGUAAGGCGCUUCGUCCCCGAGUCCUGGAAGAACUUCUUCAGGGGGAAGAAAAAGGACCCAGAAUGGGAUAAGCCGGUGUCAGACAUCAGAUACAUCUCAGACGGAGUGGAGUGUUCGCCUCCAGCCUCUCCAGGGAGACCAAACCACCACUCACCCCCCAACUCCUACAAAGAUCCUUACGGAGGGUCCGAAGGAACCUACAAUUCCCGGAAGGAGGCUGAAGCGAUGCUUCCCCAGGAUCCCUAUGGAUCUCUGGGCCGACACACACAAACGGCGCUCACGUACAGUGAGAAGGUGGAGGCCUACAACCUGAGGUACUCCUACAUGAAGUCGUGGCCUGGCCUGCUGAGGAUCCUCGGUGUGGUGGAGCUGCUGCUGGGGGCGGGCGUCUUCGCCUGUGUCACAGCUUACAUUCACAAGGACAGUGAGUGGUACAACAUGUUUGGCUAUUCCCCGCCCACGGCCAUGGGAGGCUUCGGUGGCCUGGGCAGUGCCUAUGGAGGCUAUUACUACAGUGGCCCCAAAACUCCAUUUAUACUCGUGGUUGCUGGAUUAGCUUGGAUCACCACCAUUAUUAUUCUGGUUCUUGGCAUGUCCAUGUAUUACCGGACCAUUCUUCUGGACUCUAACUGGUGGCCCCUAACUGAAUUUGGAAUUAACAUUGCCUUGUUCAUUUUGUAUAUGGCUGCAGCCAUAGUCUAUGUGAAUGAUAUCAACCGAGGUGGACUCUGCUACUAUCCAGUAUUUAAUACACCAAUGAAUGCAAUGUUCUGUCGGGUAGAAGGAGGACAGACAGCGGCGAUGGUCUUCCUGUUUGUCACCAUGAUUGUUUAUCUCAUCAGUGCUUUGGUUUGCCUAAAGUUAUGGCGGCAUGAGGCAGCUCGGAGACAUAGGGAAUACAUGGAACAACAGGAGAUAAGUGAGCCAUCAUUUCCAUCGAAAAGAAAAAUGUGUGAAAUGGCCAUCGGCGGUGACAGACAGAGAGACCAAGAAGUUCAUUUCAAAGAAUUGAGACCAACAAAUAUGAAACCUGAAAUACUGAGUGGACAUAUCCCCUCAGGCCACAUUCCUAAACCUAUCAUGUUGCCUGACUAUGUGGCAAAAUACCCUGUGAUUCGGACAGAUGAUGAACGAGAGCGCUAUAAGGCUGUGUUCCAAGACCAGUUUUCAGAGUACAAGGAGCUCUCUGCAGAAGUCCAGGCCGUCUUGAGGAAGUUCGAUGAGCUGGACGCAGUGAUGAGCAGACUGCCGCAUCAUUCGGGAAACCAACAGGAACAUGAGAGAAUUUCAAGAAUCCAUGAAGAAUUUAAGAAAAAAAAGAAGGAUCCUACGUUUCUGGAAAAAAAAGAGCGCUGUGACUAUCUAAAGAAUAAACUUUCUCACAUAAAGCAGAGAAUUCAAGAAUAUGAUAAAGUAAUGAAUUGGGAUGUACAAGGUUAUUCUUAAACCUUAUUUGAAACCACUUUUUUUAAUAUCAAACUUAAUAUUUAUUUACUGCCUUUUUUUAUGUUAGUCUCCGUGAUAUUCGAGAAGCAAGUGCUUCCUGAAUCAGCUUUCGGUUGGUUUAGCCAGUCUGCAAUGUUAGAACAGUAUGGUUUCACAUCAGACAUUUCAGAAAAACCUCAACUUUACUAAGAAUGGAAGACAUACUGAAUUCAUCUGUGUACAAUUUAUGUUUAUCUUUGUUGAAAUUAAAAGUGAUUUAGAGCUCACAUCCUGGGGUGUGAGAGAAGACGAGUAUCAGUUCCGGAGCUGAGAAAGUCUUGAUUCUGGUGCUGUAGAGGAUCAAGUUCUCCUUUUUCACUCAGGCCGGCUCCUACGAUUUUCUAGGACAAAUUUCUCAUCCUAGCCAAACGUGUCAUUUUUUCCCUGAAGAGGGUUUGAAUUCAAGAUCAACAUUUUCAAGUCUGAUGAUCUUGGGCAAGUUGUGCAAUCUCUCAGUGCCUAUUUCCCCACCUGUAAAAUGGGGCUAAAAUAGUACCCACCUCAUAGGGUUGUUAUGAGGAUUAAAUGUGUAGAACAGAGCCUGGCACAUUCUAAGCACUACAUUAGUGUGGAAUCUAUAGAAAUGCUUGUGAAAUUAAUAAACUACCUAGAAAAAGUCUCUGGAAAGGUCCUUAAUGAGCAAGCCCUGCCAGCUAAUCACAAGGCCAUGUGUCUCCUGACCUUCUCCGUUGUGUUGUAAUAACUCUAACCACACGUAGCCUUAAGUAAAUGCUUUCAUUGUGGUUCUGUGCCCAGUGGGGUCCAACACGGCCUUCCCAUCUUUUUGUUUUGUUUUGUUUGUUUGUUUUGCUGCAAAAAGCUUUAUUGUUUCAUUUGGUCCAGUGCAUGGGAGAGGGCUCCAGGGUGGUUAAAAGAAUGGCUAGUAGUUUCAGGAAGAGGCUCAGGUAAAAGCCAGAGACACCAGGGGGAUGCAGAGGGGCCUCUGAAAGGCCUCUGGGCUCCAAAGGCUCCUGGUCAUGCUUGAGGGUGAGCCUUUCAAAGAGAUACUCCCCCAGCCCAGCCUGGGGGCAGCCAGCCUGCAGAUGUUAGUCUGGUGGUCAUCCAUCUUCUUGAUCAGUUUCACCUCUUCAUCCAGGGAGUGGUUCUCCAGGAAGUCACAGAGCUGAGGGCCUGAGUGGGUAGAACCCAGGGCCUGCAGCUCCAAAAGGGCCUGGUUCAGGCUCUUCUCCAAGGCCAGGGCAGCUGCCAUGGCAUCCUGAGUUUUGCCCCAGACAUCUUGGGAAGGUUUCUGCACGUCCUGGAAGACAAUGUGGCCGCCAGGCUUGUUUUGGAACUUUAAGAGAUGCUCAGCGCACUCACACUUCUUCUCUGCCAACUCGCGGAAGAAGUGGCCCACACUCUCCAGAGCCACAUCAUCACGGUUGAAAUAGAAGCCCAGAGAGAGGUAGGUGUAGGAGGCCCACAGAUGCAGGUUGGCCAGGCGGGUGACCGCAGCCUCCACCUCGGUGGAAUAAUUCUGACGAAUUUGGGAGCUCAUGGUUGUUCAGCAAUAAGGAGUUAAGGUAGAAAAAACAACAACGGUGUGUUGGCUGGUCCCGGAGGUGGUUCUGAAGGUGGUGACUGGAUGAGACACAGGAGAGUGGUUGGAGGCUGAAAGAAGGGGCGUCCCUGGGUCUGUUCCAGGGACAGAACACUGCUGAAGCAAGAGACAGAUCCGGGACCUCCAAGUGCACUGCCCAGCCUUCCCAUCUUUAAUCAGUCUCACUGUGCACACAUCUCCACAGCCCAGCUGUUCCUGUGCACAUCCCUUCUCAUAGGACCGUGUGAAUGUUGUUUUGACAUUUUCUCUGCGGUUUGGACAUUUAUCCUCAGGCCCCAUGACGUUAUAUUUACUUAGAAUCCCCCUUUCAUUUAUUGGGAUGCUUCAUCUUCCCAAGAACAUCUUGGCUUUGGGGAUUUACUAGGUGUACCAGUUAAUAAUGGCAGAUUUUGUAAUCAAAGAAAACACGAUGAUUUCAAGAGAAACAUCAAAAGUGCUUUAUUCAAAGUAAUGUCCAUCACUAGCUAUACAUUUCCCUCAUCUUUCAGGUAAUUUGUGGAUACCAUCCCAAUAGAACUUUUCUUGUUUUGAGGCAAACCAUUCAGAGACCCAAUUUUCCACUUUGUAUGUUUUGAAGUGCUGCUCAGAAAGUGCGUGUACCAUUGAUCGGAACAAGUGGUAAUCUGAAGGAGCAAGUUCUGGUGAAUAUAGUGGGUGGGUUAAUACUUCCCAGGCAAGAUCUUUUAACGUGUCUUUAACUGGUUUUGAAGUGUGUGAUGGUGUGUUAUCAUGAAGCAAAAUCACUUUUCCGUGUCUUCUGAAACUUUCUGGUCGUUUCAUGAUCAGAGUGUGGUUCAAAUUGAUUAUUUGUUGUCGGUAGCGAUCAGUAUUAUCGGUUUCACCUGGUUUUAGAAGCUCAUAAUACACCACACCUUCCUGAUCCCACCAAACACAGAGCAUUGUCUUCUUUCCAAAGCGAUUUGGCCUUGCAGUCGAUGUUGAUGGUUGAUCUGGAUCAAGCCAUGAUUUUGUGCAUUUGAGAUUCUCAAACCCACUUUUCAUUGCCAGUCACAAUUCGAUGCAAAAAAGACUUUCUUGCCGUUGAAGCAACAUUUUACUGACUUUUCGGUUUUCCAUUUAUCUUUAGUUCAGCUGAUGUGGCACCCAUUUUCCUUCCUUUAAAAUCUCUCCCAUUGCUUGUAAAUGAUCGGAAAUUGUUUGCUGAGCAACGUUUAAUCUUUCUGCAAGUUGUUUUUGAGUUUGACAUGCAUCUUCAUCCAAUAAUGCUUGUAAUUGUUGGUCUUCAAACUUUUUCGGUUGACCUGGACGUUGUUUGUCUUUCACAACGAAAUCAUCACUUUUAAAGUGUUUAAACCAGCGUUCACAAGUAUCUUGAGAUGGAGCAUGUUCAACAUAAACUUCCCAAAGUAUACGAUAAUUUUUUCUUCAAAAUAAAGUAACGAAUUAAAACUUCCCGCAAAUGCUCUUUUUUUGGCACGAAAUUUAACAUUUUUAAGUGUAAAAAUAACUAUGAUGUUAACACCUUCAGCAAAUUUGACAUAUUGAAGUUUUGAAGCUUGCUGUCAAUAAACAAAAUAGCAUACAAAUCAAAUCACAUAUAUAUCAACAUAUGUGUAACUCCAUCUAUUGAAAAAAAUCGCAUUAUUAACUGGUACACCUAGUAUUCAUGAGAAAUGUUUUAUUUUUAUUAGUAUGAACAAUGAACUACCUUAAAACAUAUUUUGAAAAUCCUUGUUAUUGGAUCCUACUCAACAGCAUUUAUCUUGUAAUUUCCCAAGUGUAGAAAUACAAUUUCUGCUCAAUAUAGCUGCCAAUCAAAUAAUUGGUGUCCAAAGAAUUUUCUAAAGUGAAACUGCAGAAAAACGUGGAAAAGCAGAGGGUGAAAAGUGUUGGUUACUGAAUGAACCUCCUAGUUUUUCUUUGUCAGUGAAAUCUUAUUUAAUGUUUGUUGUUAUUUUAAUACCAUGGUGCUCAAACUAUGCUUAGGGCCCUAAGAGUUUUAAGAGGUGACGCAUGACGCAUAGCCCUGACCGGUUUGCCUCAGUGGAUAGAGCGUUGGCCUGUGGACUGAAGGGUCCCAGGUUCGAUUCCGGUCAAGGGCAUGUACCUGGUGGUAGGCACAUCCCCAGGAGGGGGUGUGCAGGAGGCAUCUGAUCGAUGUUUCUAACUCUCUAUCCCUCUCCCUUCCUCUCUGUAAAAAAUCAAUAAAAUAUAUUUUUUUAAAAAAGAGGUGACACGUAGAGAAGUGUGAGCCCCCCUCUGGAAGCACAAAAACCCCUCCCAACUAGAACAGCAUCCCUUUCUAUUUUAUGUGUUGGGGCCCCAUGCUAACAUUUCACUGAAGAGCACCAAUGCUUAAAAAAAAAAAAUAGAUGAAAUAAUACAUUUUGGUAGACUGUAAAAAGUUAGAUUAAUAUUGAAAUGAAGUGUUUAGGGAAUUUAACUUUGUGAAACUUUAUUUUACUACAAUUGUAAAUGUUAAUUUUUGAAAAGCGGUGUUGUAACACUGAUUUUUAAAAAAUUUUAUAUCAGUACCUGA